CCCAGCGCGGCAUCCGGCGGCAUCCCCGAACCCACGCCCCUCUACAUCAAGACCUCCCUCUCCCAGCCCGUCACCCUCCGCCAGCCCCGCCGCAUCCUCGUCAUCAUGGACCUCAACGGGACGCUGCUCUACCGCCCCAACAAGCGCAACCCCUUCAACUUCAUCCAGCGGCCGCACGCGCGCCAGUUCCUCGACUACUGCGUCGACACCUUCCACGUCGCCAUCUGGUCUUCGGCCCGCCCCGAAAACGUCGACAAGAUGGUCUCGCAGCUGCUCUCCCCCGAGCAGCGGAGCAAGUGCGUCGUCAUCUGGGGCCGCGAUCGCUUCGGCCUGUCGCCCGCCGACUACUCCUCCCGCGUCCAGUGCUACAAGCGCCUGUCGACCAUCUGGAACGACCCCCAGGUCGCCGCCUCGCAUCCCGCCGCUGCCCACGGCCAGCGCUGGGACCAGACCAACACGGUGCUCGUCGACGACUCGGCCGAGAAGGGCCGCAGCGAGCCCUACAACAUUCUCCAGCUGCCCGAGUUUGAGGGCCUCGCCAACGAGCCUGCCGACGUGCUGCCCCAGGUCCACGACUACCUGAAUACGCUCUGUUACCAGGCCAAUAUCAGCAGCUACAUACGGCGUCAUCCCUUUAGAAUCGACGCCAACUAUAGACUGCCG